UCAAUGUGCAGCACGCAGUCAAUUCACUCCUAGAACAGUGUCAACGCGAUGUCAAAAGUAUCAAAACAUGCACCGAUUGUUUUGCGUAUUGGAUGUAUGAUCAUGACGAUUAUUUCACUCGUGUGUGUACCACUCCGCAUUUGCUGGUCUAUGCCAAAAUGACCGGCUACCCAAAUUGGCCGGCUAAGUUGAUGUCAAUCGAUGGAUGUAAAGCGAACGUUGAAUUUUUUGGUGAUCACACACAGAACGACGUAUCACUUGCAAAUUGUUUCCUGUAUUCGGAACAGUUUCAAGGCAAAUCUCCGAAGAAUUUUCAACAAUUCGAAGAGGACCUCGACAAAGCCACCAAGGAACUCAGGCUUCACAUCGAAAAUGUCAAAAACAAGUUUGGCUCAUUCCAUCCGGCUAAAGGCAAAAUGUCUUUGAAAGGUCGUGACUUGAAGCAGGAACAGAUGAGCAUGUUCCCGGGCGCUUUUAUGGAGAAAGCAACACCACCAGUCUCUGAAGAGUCAUCAUCGGACGAAGCCGACGAGAAUGACGAGGGCAAUGGUAGCCAUGACAAGUCUCAAGAAGAAGAAGAAGAAGGAGACGAUAAUUGUGCUGAAUCGAUGGCUCAAGCAGUUAUUGACCAUAUCGUUGAAUCAACGACUGAUAAUUAUGAAGUGACUACAGUCGUGUCAUCGCUUGAGCUCACAUCAGAAGUGGCUCUGGCAGAGAGAAGAUCAAACAAAUCAGUUAGUUCCAAAGAACACUCAGCUGAGGUCGAAGAAAAUGGCGACAAUCAUGACGAAAAAACUCAACAAGAAGACGAAAAUCUCGAUGAACCAUUGGCUGUCAGCACUGAACUGCUAGACAACAAGACGUCAAAUGAACUCAAGGUUGCGAACACUUUCACGAAAAGUGCACCGACAGCCACUGAGCGUGAGGAAGGUACGGCAUCAGUUGUGGACAAGGACUUUCUCGACUUAUCAUUGGAAGAAGAAGAAGAUAUUGAGAUGUUAUCAUCUGAUGAAGAGGCACCAUCGAAAAAGGACGAUUCAUCGAAAAAGGACGAAAGUCAAGCCAGUCGAAAACGUCAACGAAACGAUGCUGAGCAGCCAGAAAAGGCCGUCAAAUCGGUACCAACGAAAAGACUUCGGUUUAACGAAGUUGUUGCUACGGUGUCGGAAAAUGGUGACAGAGCUCAAGAAAAUAUACCCAGUGCGUCAGUUUCGAUGGAAAAACUAACUAGAUUGAAAUUGCUUAAGGCAACGAUUCAGAAGUGUGAGCAAGAAAUCAAAGAAUUGGAACGCGAUAUUACAAUCAUCAAGAACAAACCGACAUGUUCCACAUGCAAAAUCGCUUUGAACGGGCCAUUCUUCUGCAGCGAACAAUGUCAGAACAAUCAUGAAUAGGAUUUUGCUGGCAAAACUAUUGACACAUCAGCCUCUGAAAACAAAAACAUUUCUUUUUUCAAAAAAUUCUCUUUGGAUAGAAUGUUUUCCAAUAAUCAUGAAUUUUUUUUCCAUCAACUAAAGACACUUUGUUUUGCUUCAAAGAGCAUUUAUUUGGAUUUCAUUUUUGAAUGACAUCAUUCAUAGUUUAUUCUAGAUAAAUGUUGAUUAGGUUAAGAGAUUACUUUGUAUUGUAAAAAUUACAAAUUCUAUUUCGAUUUAGAAGAAAAUUGAAUUUAGAAAAUAAGUGAAAAGUAUAUUUAAAUGAGGAAAUAAUUCAAUAAAUUCAUUACAAUG